AUGACUGCAACGCUCAAUAUAUCUCAAAUUGCGCAUCAAUUCAUUUACCCGACACUAAGCCCACGGCUGGGCGCCGACGGCCGGGUCAAUGAUCGGCCACUUUUCUACCCGUACGACGCGGGCGACUAUCGGACCGAAAUCAACUCGAUGAAACAGUUUCACGACCAGCCCCUGCCCUUCCGCCUGCCAUUCUUCGGCUUCGCCUUCACUUAUAUCUGGAUCCAUAAGGACGGCUACGUGUGCUUCAAUAAGGGACUGAAGAGCUACACAUUCCCGGUGUCGUUCCCGACGGUUCCCGACGACACCAACAUCGAAGAGGACCCGUCGAUGAUUGCCAUUUGGUUCGCACAUCAGGACAUACCUCAAGAGGUGGACGGUUCGGGUGUGUACUAUAGGCUCAUAGAGAUGGGCACCGAACAGGACCAGCAACUCGUCGAUAUGAUUGAGUGGGACUUUGACACAGCGAUGUCCGGGUCGGCCGGCUUUUCGCCCACCUUUGUCAUCGUCAUCACCUGGAAGAAUAUGACCUUCGCCAAUAAACGGCCCGAUCGGCCCCUUAAGACAAACACCUAUCAGAUGAUCAUCGGAACCGAUGAGAUCUCGACGUUUGCAUUCUUCAACUACGAGUGGAUUACAUGGAUAACACAUCUCGAUAAUUAUGACGGCCUGAACGGCCCGCCAGCUUUUAUCGGUUUCAACGGUGGUAACUCUACGCGGGCCUACGAGUACCUGCCCUACUCGCAAAACCCACGCGUAUCGCUGCUACCUGUGCUCGGCUACGGCAACAACCUAUUGGGUCGGUUUAUAUUUCAAAUAGACAACGUGCUGUUCACCGGUGCGUGCGUCAACAAAGACCUAGAUCCAAACCUAUCGGACCGGCUCGGGCUGACCACCUCGAUCAAUUACAUACUGAGUCUGGGCGGUGAGAUGCUGAACGUGACCGGACCCUGUUUCGCACCCGACAGUGUCAUCACCUGUCGGUUUGAUAGCUGGAAAGUGAGGGGCAAGUUCUUCACCGAGAAUAUCGCCGCCUGUAUCACACCUCCCGUCAUGUAUGAGGAAUCGCCGGAAAGUCGCCGCGAGUUUGACGUAUGGGUGGAUCGGGUGGAGCUCUUGGAGAUGAUGCCCGACCUGUUGGACAAAGAAGAGAAUCCGAUGAUAAUCGAGUGGAAUUGGGAUACAUUGCACUGGGAUUCAAGCAAACAAGUGACCUUGUCCAUUUGGGGCUACCAGGAGAUGACCGACUCCCUGUACCCCACUCUCAAAUGGGUGGCCGAUAUUGUACGCGGUGUUCCCAACUCAGGUCAGUACUCCCUGAAUGUCAAGGAUUUACCAGAUCUAAGGCUCGACCGAUACGACUAUCACUUCGGCUUCAUUGGCGUCAACAUUACUGAUGAAGCGUUUACUAUCACUCAGUGGAGUAAACCUAUGCCUCUGGGCUGGUUUUUCCGAAAACACUGGCGCCGCGAAUACGGGUCGAAGUGGAACGAGAGGUUCUGUCGGGAUUGGUUCGAACGGGAGUCCCAGGAGGACAGGUUCGCCAUCACACUAUUCCGGUGCCCGUGCACUGUCACCCAAUCCGAUCUGGACCGUGGUCGUUUCUCGCCAGACCAACAGUGCAACGUUAUUGACAAAAAGUGCGAUGCCCUCCAUCACGGCGCCCAACACUGUGUCCGCACGUCCCGACCCUCGUUGGGCGGUUCGGGUCAACAGUGCUGUUACGACGAUUACGGCGAACUCAUACAGAGCGCCGACACCAUGUACGGGGGCCGACCCUCCAGGGCGUUCGUGUAUGGUAAACAUCCGUUCAAAAUGCGCAUGAUGACGCCGACCCUGUCGUUCUGGCAGUUCGAUAUAAUGCCGUUCUUCUAUUGCUGCAAAUGGGCGCCCAAAGAGGACAACAGCCACACGUGUCAGAUGUUUAACUACUGGCGCACAUCCCAGGACUGCUCCUCAUACCAGCCCCCGGCCAUCGCGUCCGUUUUUGGCGACCCCCACGUCAUAACGUUUGAUCAGACAAACUACACGUUCAACGGUAAGGGCGAGUACGUGUUGGUGCACACCGACAACCCGGUGCACAAACUGGACAUUCACGCCCGCUUCGAGCAAAUACCCAACACUAACGGCACGUAUCUGACAGCAGUGGCCGUGAGGGACAACGUGUCCGCUAUCGUCGAGUUCAGAUUACGACCGCCGGCCGCGCGUUGGUUUCACCAGAUUUUCCUCAUCGCCGACAAGGAGUACCUGUUUUAUUGGGCCGACAAUAUGCGGUCGAUUCACGCCCGAGGGGUGACUGUGUACGAGCCCGCGGGCAUACGCAACAUGUCUCACAUGAUCGCCAUGUUUGACUCGGGCGCCGGCGUCGAAGUGAUGGUCAGCCCUGUCGGCUCACUCACAGUGAACGUGUAUUUGCCCAACUCUUUCAUGAAUAACACACGCGGUCUGUUAGGCAAGUGGUCCAGAGAUCCGGACGACGACUUUGAGCUGCCGGACGGCACGCGCGGCCCCCGACCCCAGGGUCUGACCGCCCGUCAGGUGCACACAGACUUCGCCCAGAAGUACCGGCUCUUCGAGACCCGUCAACAGCACUUACCGCAGAGUCUCUUCUUCCACGACGUGGUCUCGCAUUCAAAGUACGACGACUUCCGGUUUGAGCCCAAGUUUGAGUUUACUCGGGAGGACACCGAUCAGUACGCGGACGUCGACCACGUGUGCAGCGACUCCAAGGCCUGCGCCUACGACUAUAUGGUCACCGGAGACAAGGCUUUCGGCGAACAGACCAAGAAGUCGGAGGCUAUGGCGCAGAACAUGCAUCAGGAGGUCAGCCAAAAGGUGGUGCGGUGCCCAGCGUUGGCCAAACCGAUAAAUGGCCGCAAGACGGAGAACCGUUACUGGCCGGGCACUAUCGUACGGUUCGCCUGCGACGAGGGCUACCGACUGGUCGGCUACGAAGUCCGUCGCUGUCGCGAAGACGGCCUGUGGUCGUGGGGAGUGGACCCGCAGUGUAUUAAAGUGGUCACGUAUUCGCUGAUACUGUCCGGUGUGUUCGUGGGCUGUAUUGUGCCCGCACUGGUCAUGUGCGCCCUCUUUGCCUUUUGCUGGUAUCGGGGGAAAGGCUAUCGGCGCCGCUCCGGUCAGUACGAGCCCCAUAGGCCGGCACCCGCUCUGCCGCCCAAGACAUACAAGUUUGUUGAGGAGGAGAGGCGACCGGUGCUGACUGGGAGUGGUCUGAAAGUGGCCCCAAAAGCGGCGUUGGAUCAGUCGCUCAAGUCGUUGGUGUCGACCGAUAAGAGCUAUGAUGUGGACAAUGACUUCAGCGAUGGCGACAACGAAGACGACGACACCACCAUUGGUGAGGACGAAGAGGCGGGUGUGAGGGCCGGCACAGGUGUGGACGGGUUCGGUGUGAUUAAGCAACUGCACGCUCGGCCCUAUUCGGCCAGUUUUGGUCAGACAAAGGCCGAGAUUAACGGCGAUAAUCACUUGACUUCUUACAGAUCCGAUACUUUGGUUUAA